AGCCGAGUAACGGUUUCGCAUUCAAACAUGGCGGCGGCCAGGCGAGUUGCGGACGACACGGUCCGCUAUUAUUUGUUUCCAAAGCUCGAAAACCCCGCAAAGGCGAGACUUGAGCUCGAAAAGAGGGCCGAGCUGUACACAGCCAAGCUCCUCCCGCUCAUCACCAGCUACAUCUGGCAGGACGAGCAGUUCAACCUGUGCGUCGUUGACGCACAAAGAGACAGUGUUCCACCCCAUCUGGAAGGUAGCACGUACUUCGGCGACAACGUCGAGGACGAGUGGUUUAUCGUGUAUCUGCUGUACGAGCUCACCAAGGAUGACAAGGACUUGGUCGUCAAGGUCGAGGACACGGACGGAGAGUUCCUGCUCAUAGAGGCCGCCGAGCACCUUCCGAAGUGGUUGAACCCGGAGACCAGUGAAAACCGAGUGUACAUUUAUCGUAACAGCCUGCACGUGGUCCCCCUGGAGAAUGGCAAGGCCUCAGAAUGUGUCCCAGCACCUAGAAUCGAUGAUGCCAUUGCACAGAUCAGGUCUCCAAUUACAAAGACGAAGGCAGCACCGGGAGUGCAGAAGUCGCUAGCGGCCCGCUUCCAUGAUGCACCAGCCCGGCACCGGAUGACCCAUCACCGGGCACACUGCUACCUUCCGGCGGCGGCCGUGGCCUUGCUCCAACGGGACCCCGCCCUGCUGGGACCUGCGGUGGGGGCGUUUGUGUCACGUGACCCCCUCGACCUGAGGGCACUCAGAGCCAUGAGGCACUUCCCACCCGAGACUCGUGUCAUGGCGGAGGUGCGCUUCACCCGGUGCCUGUAUGCGCAGCUGAGGCAGCAGCGCUUCAUGCCUGAUCGACGUGUUGGCUGGAACAUGCCACCCCCUCACGCUCCCGAAUUCGUCGCCCACGACCUUGGGCUUAAACUGGCUUGUGGCCUGGAGAUUCUGGCCGCCGGGUCGGACAAGAUGGCCUCCAAUGGUGAACCUGACCUUGCUGAGCUUGGGAAUGAUGUUCGGUGGAAGCGCUUCCUCAAGAGCCUCAGCACCAAGGGCUACUUUCAGGGCGAACUGGAAGGGUCCAAGUUGUACCACAGCCUGAUUCAGCGUGCACGCGAGUACUUUGCCCUGACGGUCAGUGCGGGGGCUGACGGCGAGAGCGAGCGCCAGGGAAGGUGCUCAGCCCGCGCACGGGUGUCGCGCCUUCUGCGGCAGCUCGAUGUCAACAUUGAGAAACUCCGGGAAGAGGGCGAGAAGCUGGGAGAGCCAGACGAUGAAAAGUGGAUGGAGGUUACGCCGCAGGAUUUGGACCGCCUGCUCGAGGACUACUCGUCGCGGGGUCCCGGCGAGCAGAAGCACAAAGACACAGGAGCCAUGCACAAGGAUGAAGAAACCCUUGGCAAGACCAUUGCAGAGAGCCUGGAUCGGUUUGUGCGUCACGUCUCGGACUAUGAAGGAGCAGAAGUGCCAUCGAAUGCAGCGCCCAAAGUGAAGUCGCAGCCGAGUGAAGCCAAUAGUCAAGCCAAAGGCGACGGAAUUGACUUUGAUCCUGACCGUUUUGUCGAGGCACUGGGGGCCAUUCUUGAUUUCAAGCUUCCGACAUCAGAUGAUGAGUCAAGCUCGUCGAUGAGCAGCUAUGGUGAUGAAGUUGACUCUCACGAUCGCCUGGCUGACGUCAUCAAUGGUGGCACCGACAGCUUUGGCAGUGAUGAUGACGAUUUGGACGGGCCCGGGGUGGACCUGUCGCGCCUGGCCUUAGACAUGAAGAGCUACAUGGAGCUGAUGGAUCAGGAGCUGGCAGGUACCAAUGUUGGGCUGAGCUUUGAACGGCAGCCAGCAGCCAAGUCGACGGUGGCCAAAAAGGAAGCCAGUCCAGAUGCCACAUCGUCACCGUCCAAGGCAAAAGAAGCACCACGAGCCACAGCCGAGAGCCUCGAUGAACUCGACUCCGACGACGAUGAGGCAGCAGGUGGCGAUGGGUACCGGCCGGUCGACGUCAACUUGAAGGCACUCAAGAACAUUCUCGAGUCGUACAGCUCCCAGGAAGGGCUGCCGGGUCCUGCCGGUAACCUGCUAUCAGCUAUGGGGAUCAGUGUUCCACGCAACGAGGACGAUCAGUGAACAUUGCAUCGUUGUGACUUAUCAGUGACUAUUUGUGCUACGUGUCACAUGCUACAAGUGGUCCAGCUGCUACGACCUACGCGAGAUGUACAGGGCGUUUCAAAUGGGAAGAGCCAAAGUUUUUUUUGGAAGAUGUUGAAGUGGACAGAUUAUACCCCUGUCAAGCGGGCAAGUUAAGUGCACCUGCAGGGAGUGCACUUCGGGACCUUGAGUGACACUUUAAGUUCGCGGUGCUAAACGGGAAAACAGAGCACAUUUGCACAAAAAAAAAUAGUGACAGACUAAAACAAUGUUUUUUGAAGAUGUAGAUUAAAAUAAAAAAACCUUCUAAAACGCGAUUGCUUUAGUUGUAUCAUAAAUAAAAAACAAUCUUAAUCUAUGUUUACUCAACAAAAAACAACAAUAAUUUUAUCAUUACAAGUCAUUACAAGUUAAGGCCGGCCAAGACGAAUGCCUAGCCAAUCCACAACAAGAUGGUGGCGUGCGACUAGGCGGCACUUGAUCCUACUAGAACAGAAUAUCAGUGAGUUCUGUUCUGAUUAUUUUGUUAAAAGGUGUUCGACAGCUAGAAUGAACUUCAGUGUCCCUUUUUCUAUGCAUUACAUUUUGCACCGCUGAAACCCCUGGCAGUGAGGCUAUGCACUCGACCAGCAAAGUGUGUUCCGUGAAUGCACUCUGACCGGAGUGCAGUCUGCUGCGAGUACACUCCGCUUGCGACGUUUAAUUUGGGAAAGUGCACUUAAAACUAAUUGCACUCUCCGUAAGUGCACUUAACUUGCCCGUUUGACAGGGGUAUUAAAUAGAGAGUUCUUCUUUGUUCAUCUAUGCAUUACUGUUAACAGAAUACCCGGUUUUUGAAACGUAGACGUGAGUACAGUAGUUGCAUUGGUGGUGCCAUCUUGUGGUUAAGAGCUUAACCGGAGUGAACGUGUAGCUAAUAUUUUACCGACCAUGCGCAUUCUACUUAGUGGCUGGCGUAAAGUGUCAGCAGUGACAAAAGUAAUUAACGUGCAGUUCUUCCAUUAUGAAAAAAAAAAUUCGAUCAGUGAGAAUAUCCAUGCACACAAAACAAGUGUAAUGCAUUGUGGUCGGACAAAGCUGUAUUACGUGUUACUGCUGUCUGCUAACACGGUACUCCAUGAAGGGUAAUACAUGUGCAUCAUCAAAUGUAAGAGAGUCACAAGUUCUAUCAGUUUUAAGAAAAUGUUUUACUCAUGUUCUUGUUUAAUUAUUUUUGUUAGGGCACAAGGCAUGUCCACUUAGUUGGAACUCUUUGAGUUGAACCUGGCAACGAUUCUUUUAGAUAGUCGUCCUCAAACUCUCACAAAACAUGUUGCUGUCCUGCUUAGCUUGGCCCUGCUUUGCAUGCAAGAUGCUUUAGAAAAUAAUGUUAACUGGAAUGUCAGUGUUCUUUUUUCAGAAGUUUUGGGAAGGACAUCUUGAAAUUAAUGCUAGCCUUGGGAUUCCUACUAAGUUGUACACUUUGCUCUCUGACUGGCUUCAAUUCUGCCAAUACAUGUGUUCUGAUGUAAUGUUUUUAUUUAUUUAUUUCACGUACUUUCAAGGCCCGAAGGCGUUACAGAAAGGAGUGGAGUCAAAACAAGAAGUAAUGCAGUAAAAACGUCAAAAUAUACGUGGUCUUUUAAGAUGCUGCUUGUCACCUAUUAAGUAAUUAGGUAAUCGAGGAUUGUCACACAUUAUUAACAUUCGUUGCUGGUAGUAAAUUCGUUGGUGGAGAGAAGACAUUAUUAUUUCUGCUGCACCGUCUUACAAAUUUUGGCUCUUCCCAUUCAAGAUGUUUUGUAUAAGGUUAUGCGAUUCCGAAGAGAACAGAAGGAACUGUCAAUAUUUGUUUUACAUCAAGCGGCUGUGUUAUUAUGUGCAGUGAUCACCAGAUCUGUCUCAACCCAAGUGUGUGUUGGCACACGGGGAUAAUAGGGCUUUUUCCUGUCUGAAUAAAAACAUGACACAGUAG